AUGGCGAAAAUCAGAAAUGUUCUUCCUGAUGAUCCUACGCCGCGCCAUUAUAAAAUAAACAUAUUGCCGGACUUCGAUGCUUUUUUGUUCACGGGUCAUGUUGAUAUACAGAUAACUGCAAAAAUUUUUCAAAAUAGCAUUACCCUCAACUAUAAUGAGUUAUCCUUUGUCAAGGUGACCCUUACUCCCACAGGGAAUUCUUCUGUCGUGGAAACGAUCCCUAUUGAAUCUAUAAUUCUUGAUGCGGUCGAAAUGAAAGCGACAUUUCCUUUACAGAAACCCUUUAUUGGAGAAGCCGUUCUUUCAAUUGACUAUAAGGGAGAAAUAAAUGAUAAACUUGCCGGGUUUUACCGAAGCAAAUACAUUGUCAAGGGAAAAGAGUGCCACAUGGGCACCACGCAGUUUGAGGCUGUGGAUGCACGUCGUGCAAUUCCUUGCUGGGACGAACCUGCAGUAAAAGCGGUAUUCGAAUUGGUUAUCACUGCCCCAUCAAAUAUGAUGGUGCUUUCCAAUAUGCCACAUCUUUACAAAGAAGAGGUUAAUGGGCAGACCUCUUGGGCAUUUGCUCCCACACCCAAAAUGUCGACUUAUCUUCUUGCCUGGACGAUUGGUGAAUUUGAAUGUAUUGAGCAAAGUAUAAAAAAAACGCAUGGAGUACGGAAUGGUCAAUCUGAAGACACACUUGUUCGUGUUUUUACAACUGAAGGGAAUAAAUCUAAGGCUUCAUUCGCUUUGGAUGUUGCCUGCAAAGUAUUGCCACUUUAUGAAGAGUUCUUUGAAUCCAGCUAUAUCUUACCCAAGGUCGAUCUUCUUGCUAUACCCGACUUUGCUGCAGGCGCAAUGGAAAAUUGGGGUCUUAUUACAUUUCGUGAAACGGCCCUUUUAUGUGAUGAGAACUCAGCUGCCUCUCAUCGUCAGCAUGUUGCUUUGGUGGUGGCACACGAGUUGGCACAUCAGUGGUUUGGUAAUCUUGUGACGAUGCAGUGGUGGAAAGAACUUUGGCUCAAUGAAUCAUUUGCCACCUAUAUGGAAUAUUGGUCUGUAAACAAAUUGUUUCCUGGCUGGCAUGUAUUUACGCAGUUUGUACACGAUGAAAUCGCGCGAGCCUUUGAACUUGAUUCCUUACGAAGCUCGCAUCCUGUGGAAGUGGAUGUUCAAAAUGCGAAGGAGAUUGAUGAUAUUUUUGAUGCGAUCAGUUACAGCAAAGGUGGAGGUAUCGUUCGUAUGGUCGUUAAUUUUAUUGGAGAAGAUGUCUUCCAGAAAGGCAUGGCUUCGUAUUUAAAGCAUUUCGCAUAUGGCAAUGCGACAACAGAAGAUUUGUGGAAAUUUUUGGGCAAAGCGGCAGGAAAACCGUUGGCGCCCAUCUUGGAGUUUUGGACAGGUAAGCAAGGUUAUCCAUUUCUCACGGUUUCUUCUUUGCGCGACAAACAGAGCCUACUAAUAACCCAACAUCGCUUUCUUGCUACGGGUGACGCCGGUGAGGGAGAGGACGAAACUGUCUGGAAGAUUCCUUUACUUAUUACCACACCAGAAAAUGGUGUUCAACGCGAAGUUUUGGAAGAACGAAAAAAUUCAGUACCUGUUCCACAUCCUUCAUGGGUGAAGGUGAAUAAUGAUCAGUCCGCAUUUUGUCGUGUCUUAUAUGAGGAUGAAGAAUUACUCCAAAAUUUACUUUCUGCUUUGUCGACGAAGAAACUGUCUAAUAUUGAUCGAUUUAGCAUCUUUUCUGAUUAUCAUGCCUUUACUCGCGCUGGAUAUUGCAGUGCGGUUAAGGUGUUGAAGCUUCUUUCAUACUACAAGGAUGAAGACGACCUCACGGUAUGGCUCUCUAUUAUGGAUUUUGAGACCAAAUUGAAAGUAAUUGUGGCAUCUCAAGGUGAAGAGGCCAUAAAUGCGCAUAACGCUUACUUUCGAACAUUGUACUCAAACGCCAUAAAAAGACUGGGUUAUGCCUUUGAAUCCGUUGAUGACCAUAAUGUGAUUCAGCUGCGGGCUGCACUUUUCGCACGUCUUGUGGCAGCCGAAGAUGAAGAAACUAUUGCGUAUGCCCUUAAAUUAUACGCGGAACGCCAAAAAACGUCAAUACCUUCAGAUCUGCGGGCUGCUGUUUUUACCGCCUUUGUGAAAAGAAAUGGGAGAGCUGCCUUUGAUGAGGUAAAGGCGCUUGCCGAGACGGCUUCGGAUGCGAUGGAACGAACACACUAUCUUCGUGCACUUGCUUUUUCAGGGGUUGAUGGUUUGGUGGCUGAACUCUUUGAAUAUGCUGUCUCUGGGAAGGUCCGCAGCCAAGACACUUUCUACGUCCUCAGCUCCUUGGCUUGUAAUACAAAGACGUUCAAAGCAUAUGCAAUGGAGCUCAGGCGCAUGUGGCCAAUUCUCGCAAUGAGGCUGCCGGGUCUUAUCCUUGGUCGUGCACUAAAGUUACUUGAAUAUGGGGCAGAGGAAACAGUGGCAAAUGAAAUGGAAGUCUUCUGGAAUGAACUUAAUGAAAAGGAGCAGAUGGGCAUGUCGCGCAGCUUUCAGCAGGGCGUUGAGGGGAUGCGUAACAAUGCAGCUUGGGCUUCCCGUGACGCCAAGGAUGUGACAGAGUUCUAUUCCAAAGCGUGGGUAUAG